AUGGAGGCAGCCAUCUGGACCACAAGGUGGAAGCUGUUUGUGGAGGAAGCAGAGCCCCAAGGGGGAAGGAACCUGGGCUCUGAAGAUCUCAAAGAGGAGGAGCCGCCGGGCCUGGAGGCGGCCGAGGCGCCAGGCGCUCAGCCUCCGCAGCCGCUGCAGCGUCGCGUGCUAUUGCUCUGCAAGACGCGCCGCCUCAUUGCCGAGCGCGCCCGCGGUCGCCCCGCCGCCCCUGCUCCCUCUGCUCUCGCCACACCGCCCAGCGCCCCCAGCGCCCCAGGCCCAGAGCCCACGGUUGUGCAGGAGCCCGGCCUAGACCCCGCGCCCGCCCCCGACGGCGGCCCGGGAGAGGAGGCAGCGGCGGCGGCAGCAAGGAAAGAGGACGCCGGGGUGCCGGAGACAAGGCCUGAGCCCGGGCGCGCACGCCGGGACGAGCCCGAGGAGGAGGAGGACGAUGAAGAUGACCUCAAGGCCGUGGCCACCUCCCUGGAUGGUCGCUUCCUCAAGUUCGACAUCGAGCUGGGCCGCGGCUCCUUCAAGACGGUGUACAAAGGGCUGGACACGGAAACCUGGGUGGAGGUGGCCUGGUGCGAGCUGCAGGACCGGAAGCUCACCAAGCUGGAGCGACAGCGGUUCAAGGAGGAGGCCGAGAUGCUAAAGGGUCUGCAGCACCCCAAUAUUGUGCGCUUUUACGACUUCUGGGAGUCCAGUGCCAAGGGGAAGCGGUGCAUCGUACUGGUUACCGAGCUGAUGACCUCAGGGACACUGAAGACGUACCUGAAGCGGUUCAAGGUGAUGAAGCCUAAGGUGCUGCGCAGCUGGUGCCGGCAGAUCCUGAAGGGGCUGCUGUUCCUGCACACCAGAACGCCCCCCAUCAUCCACCGGGACCUCAAGUGUGACAACAUCUUCAUCACCGGACCCACUGGCUCUGUGAAGAUUGGCGACUUGGGCCUGGCCACCCUCAAGAGAGCAUCCUUUGCUAAGAGUGUGAUAGGUACUCCUGAGUUCAUGGCACCUGAGAUGUACGAGGAGCACUAUGACGAGUCGGUGGAUGUCUACGCCUUCGGGAUGUGCAUGUUGGAGAUGGCCACCUCGGAGUACCCCUACUCGGAGUGCCAGAACGCCGCCCAGAUCUACAGGAAGGUCACCUGUGGCAUCAAGCCAGCCAGCUUUGAGAAAGUGCACGAUCCAGAAAUCAAGGAGAUUAUUGGGGAGUGUAUCUGCAAAAACAAGGAAGAGAGGUACGAGAUCAAGGACUUGCUCAGCCAUGCCUUCUUUGCGGAGGACACGGGUGUGAGGGUGGAGCUGGCUGAGGAAGACCAUGGCAGGAAGUCCACCAUUGCCCUGCGGCUCUGGGUUGAGGACCCCAAGAAACUGAAGGGCAAGCCCAAGGACAACGGGGCCAUAGAGUUCACCUUUGACUUGGAGAGGGAGACACCAGAUGAUGUGGCACAGGAGAUGAUCGAGUCAGGGUUCUUCCAUGAGAGUGAUGUGAAGAUCGUGGCCAAGUCCAUUCGUGACCGUGUGGCAUUGAUCCAGUGGCGGCGGGAGAGGAUCUGGCCAGCAUUGCAGCCCCAGGAACAGCGAGACCCAGGCAGCCCUGACAAGGCCAAGGGCCUGCACACCCCUCUGCAGGUCCAGGUGACCUACCAUGCACAGGUUGGACUGCUAGAGCCGGAGGAGCCCGAGGCUGACCAGCACCUUCUCCCUACUGUGCUGCCGGCCAGCGCCACCUCUCUGGCCUCUGACAGCACAUUCGACAGCGGGCAGGGCUCCACUGUGUACUCGGACUCACAGAGCAGCCAGCAGAGUGUGGUGCUGGGCUCGUUGGUGGACUCAGCACCACCCACUGCCCAGAGCGUGUGCAGCCCCCCCGUGAGCAUGAGCGAUGGGCCCAUCCUGCCACAUAGCCUGCCCUCACUGGGAGCCUACCAGCAGCCUGUUGCGCCUGGCCUGUCAGUGGGCUCUGUCCCACCCCCCACCCGCGCUCCGCUCCCACAGCAGCAUUUCCCGGAGCCGGCCAUGAGCUUUGCCCCCGUGCCGACUGGGCCGGGCCAGCCUAGGCCCUCUGUCCACCAGCCUCCUCCACUGGCCCAGACAGCUCCCCUGUCACAGGUCCUGGCGUCACAGCCUGUGGGCCCUCUCCAACCAGUGCCCCCCCAUCUGUCUUCAUACCUGGCUCCGACUUCCCAGGUGGCCUCGGCUCAACUGAAGCCCCUCCAGAUGCCACCGGUGUCCCUGCAGCCGCUUGCUCAAGUCCCUCAGCAGAUGCCUCCACUUCCUGUCAUCCCCCCCGUUGCUCCGCUGGCUUCAAUCGACAGCCUCCCUGCAGCCCUUUCCGACCUGCCGGCUGCCAGCGGGUCCGCUGUGCCUCCCCCUUCUCAGUAUUUCUCUCCAGCUGUCAUCUUGCCAAGCCUCCCGCUCAACACUGCAACCCCGUUGCCUGUGUCACCAGCCCUGCCUCUGCAGGCAGUCAAGCUGCCCCACCCUACUGGGGCACCUCUGGCCAUGCCGUGCCGGACCAUUGUGCCAAACGUGGCAGCCACCGCCACUGCCAUCCCUCUGCUGGCUGUGGCCCCACAGGGAGUGGCCGCCCUGUCCAUUCAUCCUGCCGUGGCCCAGCUUCCAGCCCAGCCUGUGUUCCAGGCAGCCUUUCCACAGAUGGUGCCCAGCGAUGUCCCACCUUCUCCCCUUCACACAGCACAGGCUGUGAGAGCCGCCCCUCCACAGCCUGUGCCCCCUAUGCUGCCACAGCCCCACCAACCAAGUAUUGCCCACCUUCCUGAGCAGACUGCUCCAGCCGCUGGAGUAGGGAGCCAGAUCCUGCUUGGCCACCCGUCUCCAUAUGCCGUGGAUGUCACUGCCCAGGUCCCCACGGUGCCCACUCCAGCCACCAUCCUUUCCCCUCCUGUGCCUGAAGUGUUGCCGCCUGCUGUUCCUGAGCUCCUGCCUCAGCUCCCUGGCUCCUUGGCCCCCACUAUGGUGGCUACUGCUCAGAGCUUGCCUAUCCAGACCACUGCACUCCUGCCGCCUGCUAACCUGCCACUGCCCAGUGGGCCUGGAAUCUCCAGCCCCUGCCCGGCUGUCCAGCUGACUGUGGAGCCAGCCCCUGAGGAGCAGGACAAGCAGCCUGGCCUCCUGCAGAGCUGUGAGAGCAGCUAUGGAGGUUCUGACGUCACUUCUGGAAGAGAGCUGAGUGACAGCUGUGAGGGCACAUUUGGUGGGGGGAAGUUGGAAGGCAAGCCCUCCCGGAAACAUCACCGCAGGUCCACGCGCACGCGCUCGCGCCAGGAGAGGGCCAGCCGUCCCCGGCUGACCAUCCUGAAUGUGUGCAACACGGGUGACAAGAUGGUGGAGUGUCAGCUGGAGACACACAACCACAAGAUGGUGACAUUCAAGUUCGACCUGGAUGGAGACGCGCCUGAUGAGAUUGCCACCUACAUGGUGGAGCACGACUUCAUCCUGCAGGCUGAGCGGGAGACAUUCAUUGAGCAGAUGAAGGACAUCAUGGACAAGGCGGAGGACAUGCUCAGUGAGGACACAGAUGUGGACCGUGGCUCUGACCCUGGGGCAAGCCCGCCGCCCCUCAGUACCUGUGGUCUGGGCACUGGGGAGGAGAGUCGCCAGUCCCAAGCAAAUGCCCCAGUGUAUCAGCAGAAUGUUCUGCACACUGGGAAGAGAUGGUUCAUCAUCUGUCCAGUAGCUGAACACCCAGCAGCAGAAGCCCCCGAAUCUUCACCCCCACCUCCUCUGAGCUCCCUGCAGCCAGAAGCCAGCCCAGAUCCAGCACCCUGUAAAGACCAGCUGUCCUUGAAGGAAAAAUCCGGCUUCCCAGCCAGUCCACAACUUCCGAGCCAGCCAAGCUCCAGGGGUGCCCCUGGGGGUGUACCAGUCCCUUUGGUGCCAUCCUCUCCUCCCAUGACUUCUGUGCCCCAGGACAUGGCUGCACCAGCUGCCAGCCCCAAGCCAGAGCCAGCAAUGGGGGCUGCUGUGCAGGCAGGGGGUCCAGGGACUUCUCAGGGGAUAGCUAGUGAGCACGAGACACCCCAGCCCCUGGCAGAGACUCAUGAUGCCCAGCUUGCUACAAGGCCCCUGGGUGUGGCCCUAGGGCCUUGCACCUCCCCUCCAGAGGCCCCCCAACACCCUACAGGUCUGGAGGAGCCUGCCUCAGCCAGGGAGGCUAGCGCCCCGGGGGAGAUCCUGCCAGCUCCAGCCCCUGUGCCCAGUGCCCCUGGUGGGACUCCCCAGCUUGCCCUAGGCCAGUCCCUAACCUCAGUCCCUAAUGUGGUGGGGGCCGUUAGCCUGGCCACUCCCCAGCUUCCCAGCCCCCCACUUGGGCCUGCCAUCCCCCCGCAGCCACCUUCAGCCUUGGAGUCAGAUGGGGAAGGGCCACCUCCUAGGGUGGGUUUUGUGGACAGCACCAUCAAGAGCCUGGAUGAGAAGCUGCGAACUCUGCUCUACCAGGAGCACGUGCCCACCUCCUCUGCCUCAGCUGGGACCCCUGUGGAGGUGGGUGACCGAGACUUUACCAUGGAGCCCCCAAGAGGGGACUGGACCUACACAGAAGCCUCUGGGGGAGACCCAGCCCUACUAUCCCAGCUUGCGUCGGACAAGUCAGAAAUGGCUCCUGGGCCUGGGGACACAUUGAAGCAGGCCACAUCCUCACCAGUGGCAGCAGCAUCAUCUUUGAGCAACAUGCUGGGAACUGAUGGAGGAUGGGUGGCCUCAGGUUCACCUGCAGCGUCCAGUGCCCCUCAGGAUGCCCCCACUUCUGCCAUCCCUGCACAUCCGGAAACCACAGAUCAGAGUAGCAGGGUCCUUGGGGAAACCUCUGCUGAGCCCACGCAGCGCUGCCUGGGGAUGUUGACCAAGGGCAGUCAGGCCAUCCAGUUCCAGACACAUGGCAUUAUGGCCUCAGGGUCCCCUCCGAAGCGGCCACGGCAGCAGGAUGGCAGCUCACCAGCCAAAACUGUGGGCCGGUUCUCGGUAAUCAGCACCCAGGACGAAUGGACCCUGGCCUCCCCCCACAGCUUGCGGUACUCUGCUCCACCCGAUGUGUACCUACAAGAGGGGCCCCAAAGCCCUGACAUGAAGCUGGCCCUGCGGCGAGUGCAGACGGCCUCUUCCAUCGAGGUCGGCCCUGGCGAGCCCGUGUCCAGUGACUCUGGGGACGAGUGCCCACGCCGGAGGCCUUCUGUGCAGAAGCAUGGCUCCCUUCCUGGGAGUGGCAGCAGUGUGGCCAGCGACUUCGUCAAGAAGGCCACUGCCUUCCUACACAGGUCUUCAAGGGCUGGCUCUCCGGGCCCAGAAACACCCAACAGGACGGGCGUGAAGGUCCCUACCAUCAGUGUGACCUCCUUUCACUCCCAGUCAUCCUACAUCAGCAGUGACAAUGACUCAGAGAUUGAGGAUGCCGACAUUAGGAAGGAGCUGCAGAGUCUUCGAGAGAAACACCUGAAGGAAAUUUCAGAGCUGCAGAGCCAGCAGAAGCAAGAGAUCGAGGCCCUGUACCGCCGCCUGGGCAAGCCACUACCCCCCAACCUGGGGCUCUUCCAUACAGCACCCCCAGCUGGCCGUCGGAGAAAGACCAGCAAGAGCAAGCUGAAGGCGGGGAAGUUGCUGAACCCACUGGUGCAACAGCUCAAGGUCGUGGCCUCCAGCACAGGUCAUUUGUCAGACUGCAGCAGAGCCCCUCCUGCUAAGGACCCCACCAAAGCUGGGGCGGGGCCCGUGGCAGCAUCAGACCCGUGUGGGAAGGCAGUUCAGACCCAGCAGCCUUGCUCCGUGCGGGCCUCCUUGUCUGCAGACAUCUGCUCCGGCUUAGCCAGUGAUGGAGGCGGAGCGCAUGGCCCAGGGUCCUCUACCAGCAGCCUGGUCCCCGGCCCCGAGCCGGGUCCCCCACCCACCCUGCAUGUCCAGGCUCAGGUGAAUAACAGCAACAACAAGAAAGGCACCUUCACGGAUGACCUUCACAAGCUGGUGGAUGAGUGGACCAGCAAGACAGUGGGGGUUGCUCAGUUGAAGCCAUCACUCAACCAGCUGAAGCAGACACAGAAGCUGCACAACAUGGAGGCCACGGCUGGCUGGGCUCUUGGGCCUGGCGAAAUACAGGCUAUGAAUCCACCUCGAGCAGCAGUGGGGACACCAUGUCUGGCCCUGGCACCUGGCCCUCUACCCACCACGGUCAUUCCUGGAACUUCCCUGACCCUGCCCGUGCCAGAUUCUGAAAGUGAGAAGCCCGACUGAGCCCAGGCAGGCCGAUCUGACCCAGACGCCAGGCCCCAUGUCGUCUCAUGCAGAGCAGGCGAGUCCGCGCCUUGUGUCAGUUCACACUGUUUUGUAACCACUUUCUAAGCAUUUUUUAUUCACAAUUGGAGACACAAAUGUAAUGCAAGAAUAAAAAAUAUUUU